UACACUUACUUAGAGCAGUAGAAGCAGAAACCAAGGGGGGAAAUGGCUUCUGCAACGAUGGUAAUGGUGGUAGCUGUUGCUUGCCUGUGCGCUCCGGCGGCUAUGGCGUCCGCCGGCGACGGCGACGGCGACGGCGACGUGAAGCAGCAGCAGCAGCAGCCGCCGGUGGUGAGUGGCUUGUCAUUCGAUUUCUACAGGAAGAGCUGCCCCAAGGCGGAGUCGGUCGUGAGGAAGUUCGUGAAGGACGCCGUCCGCAAGGACGUCGGGCUCGCCGCCGGCCUGCUCCGCCUCCACUUCCACGACUGCUUCGUCCAGGGGUGCGACGCCUCCGUGCUGCUCGACGGCUCCGCCACCGGCCCCGGCGAGCAGCAGGCGCCGCCCAACCUCACGCUGCGCCCCUCCGCGUUCAAGGCCGUCAACGACAUCCGCGACCGCCUCGACAAGGCCUGCGGCGCCGCCGUCGUCUCCUGCUCCGACGUCCUCGCCCUCGCCGCCCGCGACUCCGUCGUUGUGGUAAACAAACUUGGGCCGGAGUACAAGGUGCCUUUGGGGCGACGAGACAGCACCAAGUUCGCGUCGCAGCAGGACGUGCUGAGCGGGCUCCCGCCGCCGAGCGCCGCCGUGCCGGCGCUGCUCGACGUGCUGGCCAAGAUCAAGCUCGACGCCACCGACCUGGUGGCGCUCUCCGGCGGCCACACCGUGGGCCUCGCGCACUGCAGCUCCUUCGAGGGCCGCCUCUUCCCGCGGCAGGACCCGGCGAUGAACGGCACCUUCGCCAGGCGGCUGCGGCGAACCUGCCCGGCGGCGGGCACCGACCGCCGGACGGUGAACGACAUCCGGACGCCCAACGUGUUCGACAACAUGUACUACGUCAACCUUGUCAACCGGGAGGGCCUCUUCACCUCCGACCAGGACCUCUUCUCCAACGCCGGCACCAAGCCCAUCGUCGCCAAGUUCGCCGCCGACCAGAAGGCGUUCUUCGACCAGUUCGCCGUCUCCAUGGUGAAGAUGGGGCAGAUCAGCGUGCUCACCGGCUCGCAGGGUCAGGUCCGCCGGAACUGCUCCGCCCGCAACCCCGGCACCGUCGGCGCCGGCGACCUCCCGUUGUCCAUCCUCGAGGCUGCAGACGGCCUCGUCUUCUAGAUUAGUAGUCGUAGUGCGUUUCAAGCUAUGGCCUUCCUGGGUGAUGCUGACACACACAGUGCAGAUCAUGUAUGAAUGUCCUAGUGAAAUAAAUUCAGAAAUGAAGGCCAGUGAUGAUAUAUGCCAAACUGCCAGCGUG